ACCCUUGAGAUAAAGGCUGUUUAGCUCUCUCUCUCUUUCGCUCUCUCUCACCGUCCCUGGUGUCAGUUCGCUGGAGGAUUUUGUCGGAGUUUCCCGAGCGUCUCUGCAUCUGUAAGGAUGUUGUUGUGGCUGGUUUUGUUCCUGCCCGCCCUCUCGGUGGCUCAGAGGUCAGAGCCCGUGUUCUCAGCUAUAACCAAGACCGUCCUUCCUCCAGACUACGACAACAACCCCACCCAGCUCAACUAUGGCGUGGCUGUCACUGAUGUGGACGGGGAUGGAGACCUGGAGAUAUUUGUAGCUGGCUACAACGGCCCGAACCUGGUGCUAAAGUACGACAAACAGAGGAAAAGGCUUGUCAACAUCGCUGUUGACAACCGUAGCUCCCCGUUCUAUGCCCUGAGAGACCGUCAAGGCAACGCCAUCGGAGUGACAGCUUGUGACAUCGAUGGAGAUGGACGGGAAGAGAUUUAUGUCCUCAACACCAAUAAUGCCUUCUCUGGUCGGGCAACAUACUCUGACAAGCUGUUUAAGUUCCGUAAUGGGCGCUUUGAAGAUCUGCUGAGCGAUGAUAUUAACGAACACAGAGACGUAGCCAACCCUAUGGCUGGGCGCUCAGUGGCCUGUGUGGACAGAAAGGGUACAGGUCGUUAUGCUAUCUACAUAGCAAACUACGCCAGUGGCAACGUGGGCCCUCAUGCGCUCAUAGAAAUGGAUGAGGCAGCGAGUGACCUUUCGCAGGGCGUCGUUGCCCUCUCCAAUGUGGCAGAGCGGGCUGGAGUCAACAAAUUCAUUGGAGGAAGAGGUGUCGUGGUGGGGCCCAUUGUCAGUCAGACUCUGUCUGAUGUGUUUUGCGACAAUGAGUACGGUCCAAACUUCUUGUUCAGGAACAAUGGCGAUGGAACUUUCACGGAUGUGGCACAGCAGGCUGGUGUAGAAGACCCCAUGCAGCACGGCAGAGGGGUGGCUCUUGCAGACUUCAACCGUGACGGUAAGACGGACAUCGUCUACGGGAACUGGAACGGACCUCAUCGGUUGUACAUGCAGCUCAGUAACCGCAAGCAAAAGUUUAAGGACAUAGCAUCCCAGAAGUUUUCCAUGCCCUCCCCGGUUCGAACUGUUGUCGCUGCAGAUUUUGACAAUGACAACGAGUUGGAGGUGUUCUUCAAUAACAUCGCUUACAGAGGCCCCUCCGCCAACAGACUCUUUAGGGUGAGCAGGAGAGAACAUGGAGACCCCCAGAUAGAAGAGCUGAAUAUCGGGGAGGCAGCAGAGCCUGAAGGACGAGGAACCGGAGCGGUAGCCACAGACUUUGAUGGGGAUGGGCGCCUGGAACUGCUGGUGUCUCACGGUGAAAGUGCAGCACAGCCUCUCUCUGUCUACAAAGUCAACCAGGGCAAUGCAAACUCAUGGCUGCGAGUGAUUCCCCGGACAAAAUUUGGCGCUUUUGCCAGGGGAGCUAAAGUGGUUGUAUAUACAAAAAAGAGUGGCCCACACACAAGAAUAAUUGAUGGCGGCUCAGGGUACCUCUGUGAGAUGGAGCCUGUUGCCCACUUUGGCCUCGGCAAGGAUGUGGCCACCAGUGUGGAGGUGUUCUGGCCAGAUGGUCGUUCAGUAGCCCGGGCCCUCGAGCCGUCAGAGAUCAACUCAGUGCAGGAGAUCCACUAUCCAAGAGAUGAGGAGGAAGUUACUCCUACUGUGGAAAUAGAGUGUGGUCACGGGUUUGCUUUGAAUGAGAAUGGCCGCUGCACGGAUCAAGAUGAGUGUACCCAGUUCCCCUCUGUGUGUCCCUCUGACCGCCCUGUCUGCACCAAUACCUAUGGUAGCUAUAAGUGCCGCGCCAAGAGAAGAUGCAACCAGGGCUUUGAGCCCAACGACGAUGGGUCAGCCUGUGUGGCCCAGGUGGCUUACUUUGGGGGAACGCGGUCUUCUGGGGAGCGCAAGUGCUCGGGCCUUACUUUCCGGCUGCUCCCCGUCUCUCUGCUACCACUCAUCUCUACCCAUCUCUAUUCUGGACUGCUGUAGCUGUGACUGUUUUCUCCCCUUCCUAACUCUUUCCACUACUAAAAGUGGGUGUACAGAAACUCUUAGAACAAACUUUUAACAAAAAAAGAGAAAUUCCUCUUCACCUUCUCCUCUAUGGAUCUAUGCUAUCUUUACCCAUCAGCUAUUUACAGUCUCGCCUCCUGGUCAUCCGCUGCUUUGUGUCACCUCUUGGCUCCCGGCCCCCUCUGGACUAUAAAGAAACAUACAGGGAGCAUGCUCGCUGGGAGCUACAGGGUUCAGAACUAACUGUGCCACACCCGCAGAGUCCUCACGUCAUCACCUGGCACUUAUCUUAGUGGGACCUGAAACAAGGCCAAGUCAAUAAGAGGAGCUUCGGCAUAGAAACCGCUGCGCAUACAGCAAACAGAUCUACUGGCUCCACAGACCACAUUCAUUACAGACACGCUGAGCCCCAUCUGUAUAUCCAAAAUGCCUCUAUGGUAAUCCUUACAAUGUCAUUCUUAUUAUGCGCUUACUGGGAUGCCGAGGAACACCAGGCCUCCAAACUGUAUGUUUUGAGUGUGUAUUAAUGUGUUUGCGUGGCUGUGUGAGCCUCAGUGUACUGGGUCCAAAGAGGCAGUCGCGUUGGGGAACAUAUGCCAGACCAUCUGUCUCCGAUGGUUGGUUACAUUUUGUUACACAUGAAUUAUACAACAGCACAGAGAAGAAGGCAAACACAUGUGUGUGUGUGUGCGUGUGCGUGU